AUGAGCAUUUUUCUUGCCUUUCUUUUCAUUGCCACAACACUCAACAUUAACUUCUGCGGAGGAAGCUCUUACCGGGGUUGCAUUGACAGUGAGAGACAAUCUCUUUUAAGGUUCAAGAAAGAUCUGAUAGAUCCUUCCAACCGGCUUGCCUCUUGGACUUCUGGUCAUGUAGAUUGCUGUACAUGGUCUGGCAUUUUUUGUGACAACUUGACGGGCCAUGUCCUUGAGCUAAAACUUACAACUCCUCCGUUGGAAGGUAAUGGACCUGUUUCUGAAGAUGCUGCUGAAUCAUUUUCCAGGUCAAAGCUGGGUGGUAAGAUAAAUCCCUCUUUGCUUGAUUUAAAGCAUUUGCGCUCGUUGGACUUGAGCUAUAACAAUUUUGAUGGUCAGAUUCCAAUUUUUCUUUGUUAUAUGCACAAUUUAAGAUACCUUGAUCUUUCUCAUAAUCUUUUCCAAGGUAUAAUUCCUCACCAGCUAGGAAACCUCUCUAAUCUGCAAUAUCUUGCCCUCGAUGGAAAUUUAGGUAUAAUUCAUGUUGACAAUUUAGGGUGGUUAUCUAGUCUUUCUGUGUUGAAAUACCUUCUGUUGUAUAGUGUCGAUCUCAGCGAAUCCUUUGAUUGGCUGCAAGGUCCAAUUCCUUAUGGACUUCAAAACUUGACCUCCCUUAAAUAUCUUGAUUUGUCUGACAAUAAUUUCAAUUCUUCAAUACCUAAUUGGUUUUACAGACUUAGCCGUCUCCAGAGACUUUUUCUUCAUGAUAAUUGGUUGAAAGGCACAUUAAGGAUUUUGGGAAAUCUGACAUCUAUAGAAGAGCUUGAUCUCUCAUCAAAUGGAUUUGAAGGUGGAAUCCCAAAAUCAAUGGGACAACUUUGCAACUUAAAGUCAAUCACUAUCUCAUCUGUCAAUUUAAGCCAACCAAUAUCUGAUGUCCUUGAUAUUUUUUCUGGAUGUGUUUCAGACGUACUAGAGAUUUUGGAAUUGCAUGAAAGUCAAGUUUUUGGUCAAUUUCCUGAUAGACUUGGACAAUUUAAAAAGUUAAGUAGUCUUCAUCUGUAUGGCAAUUCUAUUUCAGGUUCUUUUCCAUCGUCUUUAGGAGAACUAACGUCACUCCAAUUUUUUGAUAUUAGCCAUAACAAAUUGAAUGGAACUAUUUCUGAGUUGCAUUUUUCCAAUCUGACAAGAUUAUUAGAAUUUGCAAUAUCUAGAAAUUCAUUAAUGUUCCAUGUCAGUCCUCAUUGGGUUCCUCCUUUUAAACUUGAAUCUCUAGGAUUAGCAUCUUGUCAUUUAGGACCUAAAUUUCCAUUGUGGCUUCGUUCACUAAAGCAUUUAAAAUAUCUUGACAUAUCCGAUUCAAGAAUUAAAGAUGAUAUCCCAACUUUUUUAUUCAAAAUUCCUUUCCUUACUAUAAAUCUCUCUCAUAACCAAAUAUAUGGGCAGAUUCCAAAUUUAACAGAGUCAACUCAACUUCAAGUGCUUGACUUGAAUUCAAAUAAUUUAUCAGGUUCAAUGCCUCUUUUACCUUUCAACUUGCAUCUACUUGAUCUUUCCAACAAUGUUUUGUCAGGCUCAAUUUUCCAUUUCUUGUGUCAUAAGAUGAACGAGUCAAAGCCCAUGAUGCAAAUUCUCAUCCUUAAUAACAACUUUUUGUCAAAAGUUAUACCUGAUUGUUGGAUGAAUUUGAAAGGCUUAAAAGUCUUGAAUUUAGGUAACAAUAGAUUCACUGGUAAGCUUCCAGCUUCUAUUGGGACUUUAAGUUCUCUUGAAUGGUUAAACCUUCGCAAAAACAACUUUUUUGGAACAAUUCCUGUGUCACUCAAAAAUUGUACACAGAUGGUGUCGCUUGAUUUGGGUGAAAAUGAGUUUGUUGGAAAUCUCAAGGUGUGGGUUGGAGAGAAAUUUUCAGGAAUGAAGAUACUCAACCUUAGAUCAAAUAAGUUUUCUGGCCAUUUACCAAAAGAACUUUGUAAUCUUCGUUCUCUGCAAAUCUUAGACCUUGCAGAUAACAACUUCUUUGGAACCAUACCAAGAUGCAUCAAUAACUUCAGUGCCAUGAAGACAAAGAGCUCUAAUGAGGAAAACAAUAUGAAUUAUGAACCUGAUGCAUAUUAUGGUUCAACAUAUUUGGAGAGUGAACUACUUGUGAAGAAAGGUCAGAUGGUUGAAUACAACACAAUUCUGAAGUUCGUGAGAGUUAUAGACCUUUCAAAAAAUAAUUUCUCUGGAAAGAUUCCCAUGGAAGUGACAAAUCUUUCGGAAUUGCAGUCAUUCAACCUGUCACACAAUGAUUUUACUGGAAGAAUUCCGGAGAACAUUGGUGCUAUGAGAUCUCUAGAGUCUAUCGAUUUCUCUAGAAAUCAACUUUCAGGUGAAAUCCCAGAAAGCCUUUCAAAUUUGACGUUUUUGAGUAACUUGAACUUAUCCAACAACAACUUGACCGGAAGAAUUCCUUCAAGCACUCAAUUACGUGGUUUUGAUGCAUCAUGUUUUACUGGAAACCAACUUUGUGGACCUCCACUUCCUAAUAGUUGUACUGUGACUAUUCCAACACUCAACAAUCAGAACAGAGGAGAGAAAGAUGGUAAUGAAGAUGAAGUGAACUGGUUCUUUGUGAGCAUGGCACUUGGAUUUAUUGUGGGAUUCUGGAGCUUUAUAGGUUCUCUACUCAUUAGCCAAAGAUGGAGGUACUUGUAUUGUCAAUUCUUGAAUAGCCUUCAGGACAAACUAGGCAGUGUUGUAAGAAAAUGUUACUAG